AGUGAGAGGGCCAGGAGGUAUGCGGUCAACAAUGCUUGACUCAGGGAGGAGGACGCCCCUGCCAUGCAUAGUCCCAUGGGAUGUUGGCUAUCAACAACAAGGCAACUCCUAUGACUAAUUGGGAAUGGGACGCAAGCGUAGGAUUGAUCACCCUGUUGCUGACCGCCUUUGGUGAGGGUGUAUAGUAUGAAAGGCCGAAACACUCUAGGAACCAAAGGUACACUACUGACGAUGGGCUCCCUAAAUUUCACCAGGCUCACUGUUCAUGAACUCUUGGAAGUGCUUGCACAAAGGAUAGUAACAUCUCAUCCUGUGUUCUUGGAAUCUGUCCAUAGACUCAACACUACCCACAUAUUCAACGCUUCCCAUACACUCCAACGCUGCCAGUAGACUCAACACUGCCCAUAGAUUCAAUACUGCCCAUAGAGGAUGUGGAGCUGAGUGGACUUGCCCAUGACUGGUAACAGUAGUGUCAAGAUCGACCUCUGUGGAAGAGGUUCGUGAAGAACACUACUGGGCAGUUGGAGGCAGUCGCCCUCCAGCAACAACGGAAGGAAGAGCGACGCUCACAACGAGCGGAGCACUGGGUGGCUAAAGCACAGACAGUUGGCACAGUAGGGGGCACAAGGUGGUGCACCGGCCAGUCAUCUCAAUCAGUCAACCCAUGACACCUGGGUAUGCACGCGGGCGUUUGAUAUUUCACGUGGCCUUAGCCUGGAACAAGUGCCACUUAGUGACGAAUUGCGGUUGUUGUUGUUGUUGGUGCUGAUACUGAUGAUGGUGUUGAUGAUUAUGGUGGUGUUGAUGACGAUGGUGGUGGUGAUGACGAUAGUGCUGAUGAUGAUCGUGUUGAUGAUGAUUAAAGUGGUGUUGCUGAUGGUGGUGCUGAUGAUGGGAUUCAUGAUGAUGGUGCUGCUGAUGAUGGUGUUGAUAAUGAUAGUGCUGAUAAUGAUAGUGCUGAUAAUGAUAGUGCUGAAGCUGAUGGUGGUGCUUAUGAUUAUAAUGAUGGUGCCGAUUAUGUUGAUGCUUAUGAUGAUAGUGGUAUCACACAGUGUACACUAACACGCAAUAAUGUUCACGUUCUUGUUGUUGUAGCUGAGAUUACCCACCCAAGGGAUAACUGUGCAACAGAGGAAGAAAUGUAAAAGGAAUCUAAAUCAACUUAUACUCUAAUACCAUUCCUCACCGUGCUCGCCCUCUCACUUUACCACUCCACGUGAAGUCAUCGUCGCGAGACGCUAGGGGUCGGUGGGGUAAGCUAGGUAUGACGUCAUGUCAUCUCCCCGCCGCGCGGUUCAUCGUGACGUCACGAGAUCCCGGAAAGCUGCUCGCCACUCAACUGAGAUCCUAGGUCCGGCAAAUGCUGCUUGACAAGGAUUCGGAGCCGUUUCCUGUUCAAGUUGGCGUGUGACAGGAAUUCCUUCUGGCCACAAACAUUACGCUGCCAGUUCCUCUGCCACUUUGCUGUACAGAAUUGGUCAGAUGGAGGGAAGACAAUCAGCGGGAGAGAAACCCUUCAAGUGCACUGUGUGUGGGAAGGCAUUUGUACAUUCAUCAAUUCUUCAGGUCCACCAGAGAACACACACGGGAGAGAAACCCUUCAAAUGCACUGUGUGUGAGAAGGCAUUUGCAAUGUCAUCACAUCUUAAAACACACCAGAGAAUACACACAGGAGAAACACCCUUCAAGUGCACUGUGUGUGGGAAGGCCUUUGCGCAGUCAUCACAUCUUAAAAGACAUCAGAGAAUACACACAGGAGAAACACCCUUCAAGUGCACUGUGUGUGAGAAGGCAUUUGCACAUUCAUCACAUCUUAAAACACACCAGAGAAUACACACAGGAGAAACACCCUUCAAGUGCACUGUGUGUGGGAAGGUGUUUGCACAUUCAUCACAUCUUAAAACACACCAGAGAAUACACACAGGAGAAACACCCUUCAAGUGCACUGUGUGUGGGAAUGCGUUUGCACAUUCAUCACAUCUUAAAACACACCAGAGAAUACACACAGGAGAAACACCCUUCAAGUGCACGGUGUGUGGGAAGGCGUUUGCACAUUCAUCACAUCUUAAAAGACACCAGAGAAUACACACAGGAGAAACACCCUUCAAGUGCACUGUGUGUGGGAAGGCGUUUGCACAGUCAUCACAUCUUAAAACACACGAGAGGAUACACACAGGAGAAACACCCUUCAUGUGCACUGUGUGUGGGAAGGCGUUUGCAUGGUCAUCAAUUCUUCAGGGCCACCAGAGAACACACACGGGAGAGAAACCCUUCAAGUGCACUGUGUGUGGGAAGGCGUUUGCAGAGUUAUCACAUCUUAAAACACACCAGAGAAUACACACAGGAGAAACACCCUUCAAGUGCACUGUGUGUGGGAAGGCAUUUGCACAGUCAUCACAUCUUAAAACACACCAGAGAACACACACGGGAGAGAAACCCUUCAAGUGCACUGUGUGUGGGAAGGCGUUUGCAGAGUUAUCACAUCUUAAAACACACCAGAGAACACACACAGGAGAAACUCCAUUCAAGUGCACUGUGUGUGGGAAGGCAUUUGCACAUUCAUCACAUCUUAAAACACACCAGAGAAUACACACAGGAGAAACACCCUUCAAGUGCACUGUUUGUGGGAAGGCGUUUGCACAGUCAUCAUAUCUUAAAAAACACCAGCGAACACACACAGAAGAUAAACACUUAAAGUACACUGUGAAUGGGAAGGGUUUUCGACAGUUGGGGGAUCCAAAUAAGCAUCAAACCAUUAAUCAGGAAAUUAAUUUGAAAUCAGCUUGUGAAAGUCCAAGUGCUGCAAUGAGUCCAUCUCUCAUGAAACAAGAACCAGAAAAAUAUUUGAGAUAUGAAACGUGGCCAGGAGUGAAGGCAGUAUGUCAAGAGGUGAAAAUGAAAUAUGAAUCCGUGAAGUUGAAGAGCGAAGAAGUGAUGGUAAAGAGUGAAGUGAUAGUGAAAUGUGAGGAUGAAGAUUCAACUUCAAAAUCCGACCUUCACGUUGAUGGAGGCAGCGUGAAGCUGGAGGAGACUGUGGACGCUGAGGCAGAGCGAGGCAACUCCCAGAAAUUUGUGGAUGUGGAGGUGUGGGUGGAUUUUUUAAGCAAAACUGAUUCAAAUCGAGACCAAGUAGAUGCAUAUCAUUGAGCUUAGGAUAAUUAAGUUCCAUUUCAUUCAGAGGCCUUUCCCAUAAUAUAGGAUUUUUGGGUUAGAUCGUGCAAAUGUAUAAAUAUGUCGUUUAAACCCUCCACCACCAAACAUAUCCAACUAGUAAGUGUUGUCAUGUAAACAGAACAUGUUAAUUCAUCACUAGUACAGCACACCGAUUUGUUGGAGUUUGCCAGUCAUUACAACGAGCUUCAUGAGGCGAUACCCAGAUUUGUACCUUUCCCAUUACAAGGGUUUAACCUCCAAGUAGUCAAUAGAGGCAACGUGAACCUGGAGGAGGCAGCGGACUGAGAGUGAAAUGAAACCCAGCAGUUUGUGGAGGUAGACUUGUUGGAGGAUGCAGAGUAGGAGCGGCCAGCAUGUGUGGACUUUGAGAUUGGGUAGAUCUGUAAGCAGGAGCUGGAGACAAAAAAGCUCCAUAGCAUUUAACGCGUUAUAAUAUUUAGAUUAAUAAUUGGCGCUUGCAUAAAUAUUUUAUUUCUUUCCCACUGUGCGUAGCCAAUCUUGCUACUCAAAGGUGAAAUGCUUCGGUAACUGAAAGCGGCUUGUUUCAUAUUUCAUCUCAAUCAUUUGACGGCUAGCCCAAGUGGCAGCUGUCCCUUUGUGGAACAAGGUGACUCAGUACCGACCUGCACAUGGACACGAGUCUGCCAGUAGGGUGGAGCGAUGAUUGAUGUGUAACCCCAGUCUGGUCGUUUGUGGCUAAUCUUUCGAAAAUCGAGCAAAAUUUGACCCUGGCACCAUGAAUGUUGAACAUCCACUUAAUCAAAUGGUGAAUAUUUUUGGUCUAUAGCUGCAGUAAUCAUGAGGGCUACCGGACAGAUGUGAACCGUGCUAUCACUUGGCUUCUUCAUUCUAAGAAUGCAUGCAGGUGUAGGCAUACAUUCAGAGAUCAGUGUACAGUUAAUCCGAUGUAAGGUAGUAUACUUCAAUGCAAUUAUUCAAUGUUGGCGGUGUAUCUCUUGAUCAUUUUGAAUUAUAAUUUUAACACGUGUAGUGUUGUUCACCAACGCGGAGGCACACUCUGGACUGGGAGGCAACACUUUUAUUUAACAACUUCCCUCACGGGUAACACUGAGGUGAUGUGGCUAACUAUGUGAGUAGCGAGUUAACUCUAGAUGAAGACCCAGAGACGACGAGAUGCGGGACCCACAGACUAGCCAAGCUCUCUUUCGGUACUGCUCCUUUAUGCUCCUAAGCGUGGCCUUGCUCUGCCUUCGGCCAUGCCCCCUCGAGACCUUUCCCGUAGGAUCUCGGCCGAGCAUCACGCGCCAUCCCAGGUUAACUCAGGCCACCACCAGGACCACGCCCCCUAGGGCUGGCUGACAUGCCGUACCCACUCUGGUCCAGACGUACAGCUGCACUCCUGUAACAGCAGCUGGCGCUAACACCUGAGUGACACCAUUUACGUCACUAUAUCACCCCCCCCUUUCUAAAACAGCCUUCCCAGCGGAUUACUACACCACUAACAGAAACAAUAACAGCAACAACCAACAACAACAAAAUAAGCCUCCCAACAUUUUCUGUAACAAUAGCAAAAAACCCAAUGACAACAAAGCAAGCAGCAACCAUCGCCCAGACAAUAUGUACAUCAACGGAGGAACACCAACAUUUUUUUUCCACGAACACAUGACCAACACAACCCACAGACAAUGUACAACACCCAUAAGCAUGUCACAACCCACGAGCACAUGAAGGACCAGGUCCAACCAGCAGCACAAUCUGGCUUGUGGGUGAUCCUGUGUGUGUGAUCGUGUAUGCGAUCUCCAACGACGUAGGGAUAAAUAAGAUGGUGGGGGAAGGGUCCUUUCAACGGGCGGACUUGAAGAAGGGCCAAUGGGUGCGCCCUCUCCCGGGAAGAAGAACAAAUGGGAGAAGCAGGAGUGGGUGACGGCUGCUUCACUCUCCUCAAUUCACGUCUGGUUGGCACAACCGGCAACUUGGAAGGGUACCAGGUGCUGGGAUCCUGUGGGCGGAAAACCCCUGAGGCACGAACUCCGCAGACACACUCCCCAGCUCGUCGGACUCAUCAAUCACCCGGCCCUUGGGUAGUGGGGAUGACGAGAUCCCACCCGGCAGGGAAAAUAAAUAAAACGGUUUCAAACGCGACGGAUGCACAACAACACGGCGAUCAGACUGGGUCUACACAAACUCAUUGACACAACAUGAACGUCAGGUCUCAUGCCACCGUGCAACCAUCCCGUCAAGCAGGUGGUGAUAGGGCGAGGUCUGAACCUUAUAAGUGCCCAUCCAAGCACGCAUCUCAAGUACUAUUUGGACGUCUUCCAACAUCCUGGGUCAAAGAAGUAAUGCUUCAAGGUCGACCCAUGUACUGGCUCAAGGAAUUCGCUCUUCAAGGUCGAGCCAGUAUGCAGCGCACCAAGGUGCAGAAUGAGUUUGGUGGGAAUCCUGGCCUGCUUGUGCACAAAAUGGCGGCCGCACGCACGAGUGGCAUCUCAGUGUGUUCUCCCGUGCACCUAACACAACGACUGACACGUCCACUCACGCACACAUGUCCACUCACGCACACAUGUCCACUCACGCACACAUGUCCACUCACGCACACAUAGACUCACACAUGGACUCACACGCACAUAUGGACUUAGACAUUUUAAAAUGUACCAACUUAAUUUUAAAAUAUUGUCUACACACACCACGCAACACACAUUGACUAACACACACAUCGACGCACACACAAGCACAUCAACUUAAACCGACUGACAUAUCGACUUAUAUAUACACACGGACGUACACACAUCGUCGCAGACACGCAUAUCGACUCGCGCACACAUGGACUUAGAAAACAUUUUAAUAUUUGCCAACUUAAUUUGGAAAUAUUAGUUGUCUACACACAAACAUUUUCAUAUUUCCAAACUGAUGUUUUAAAUAUUAGUUUUCUAUCUACGGAAGUUUAGUGAAAGAAGCAAGAAAAUAGUACUGCGUUAACUUUGCUGUGGUGAGGCCUAGUCCCGUGCAGAGACCCCCGGCCGAGGUGCCCAGCCGGGCGAGGUGGCACCUAGGCAGGCUGAGGGCUGGGCCUGCUACCCCCCCUACCAUCCCCCCACCCGCGCUAUAAUAAUACUAUCUAAGCGCAAUAAUAUUAGUAUCUACCGCUUCUAUAGUAGUAAGUGCACACAUUGGGUGGGGGUGGGGGGAGAAGAGGACAUGACACUUUGAUGAAUUCACAUCAGCGUUGUGUAUUUUUUUUGCAUUUUGAACGCGAAUGAGAAAUCUCCACCGAUGACGCGUGUGUGUUGCUAGGGGCAACCCUCGGGCACCUUGAGUGCUCGCGGAGCGGCGCGAUAAAUUAAUUAAAGAAUAAUGAAUUGCGCUCAAUUGUUAAUUUAACUACUUUAUAGUUGACAGAUGGGAAAAUGGAAUACCACUAGCUCACCACGACUUACGGUGUGAUACCGGUCUACUUUUUUUAAAGUGUAAACCCCACGGUUUGUGAGCCAAAUCCUUCGCAAGUGUGCGUCGACGGACGGACAGACAAAAAAUGACGUUUAUAGGUAAGAUACAAGGGAAAACAAUGAAAUGUUACGUAAAGGAGAUAUUUUCUCCACAACGCUAAUUAUGUUGUCUUACCUAAUAAACGUGAUAUUUUUUGUCUGCCUGCGUGCGCCUAUCUUAACGCUUUAACUGACGAACUGUUGGGUUUACGUUUCAACAAAGAACACAUUCAAGAAACUAAGCCCCUGGACGAAAACUCGCUAUUUGUUUUUGCCCUUAGUCCAAUGUAAACUAAUAAAAUCACACUUUGUAACAAUGUACGCUGAUCAUAAUGAUAACAUGUGCCAAAGCGCGUAUCUGCGCAUGCAUAGAAACGCCAACUCGCUGUUGCCCCCUAGCAACGCAAACAAGCUUUCUAAGCGGUGACGGGAGGGAGGUUCUCCUUCACGUAAAAAAUAGCAAAAAAAAUAAAGCACAAUUACUGCUGCACAAGUACGUGCUAAGGUAAAUCCUGAACAGUGUGAUGUCCUCUUCUCCCCCCCCACCCCAGUGUGCGUUUACUACAAUAGUAGAUACUAUAGUGAGGAGACACUACUGUAGUCAGAUACUACUAUAGAAUCAGUAGAUACUAUAGAGUCAGUGGUUACUACUAUAGUCAGUCGAUACGACUAGAUUCAGAAGAUACGACUGUAGAGUUGUAUGUAGGGUGUGUAGGUAUAUAUGCCUGCAAAAUAAAUAAAAUGGGUGGGGGGUCGAAAACAUUUGGAAACCUUAACAUCAACUUUUUAUGCCCCCCCCCCCUUGCUAUAACUUUUUGAUUCAAGACUUCAGAAAGGCUGUUAUUAUUUUGUUGAUGGACAAAUAGACAAACGGAACGCCGGGCUUUUUUAUAAUAGCUUAGUACAAGGUGUUUUAAAAAGUUGGACCCGAUUUGAAAUCUCUAAAUCUCUGCAACUACGAACCGCCCAUGAAUGAAUCUCUUACCACUUGAAAGGGUGGGGCAUAUAGUUUCAAAUGAUUACUGCUAAGAUGCCUCUCCCAGCACACAAACAGCCUCUAGCCUCAGUCAUUCGCUAGACACACUGCCUCAACGUUGUAUAGGUCGCACGGGAGCCCCCAAGACUUGGCGCUACACUCUUGGCCCCCAAGACCCCCAGACAUCACACCCUGCGACUUUUUCUUCUGGGGAUACAUCAACGACCGUGUUUUUGUGCUACUAUUGGCGAUUAAUCUGGAUGACCUCAAAAACAGAAUCACGGCAGCGGUGACUUCAGUGGGAGAAGACACUGAGAGGCGUUUGGGACGAAUUCAACUAUCGUCUCGAUGUUGUCCAUACAGCAGGUGGAGGGCACAUAGAGCAUUUAUCAAAUGGUUAGUAAAACUUGAUAAUUCAUGAAACCCUUUGUAACUUUUUGUGUAAUUGUAACAUGUUGCCAUCGUGAAAUAUACUGCUUCGAAAUUGU